GCUGGAUUCUCCUGGAAUCUCCGUCAUGGUUUUCCGCGGAUUGCUCCAUGAUCUCCUGUGGGAGCAGUAACUCCUGCUCUUAUAUGAAUCGCUGGAGCGCGACUGUUUCAGAUGUUUCUCCUCGCGCGUCGUGCGCGUCUGCAGCGCGCGGCGGCUCGGAUGGAUGUUUUCGGACUUCAGUCUUAAAAAUCUGGACAAAUGAGAAACUUCAUGUGUGAUUAAUCUCAGGAAGGAAGAUACUGAGGGAAAACUGCAUGCAUUCUGCAGGAAUAAUGGCUGUGUGUGUACUGACGACGAUGAUGAUGAUGGCGUUUGGUUGUGUGAAGGGCUCGUCUGACGCUCGUUCUCCUCGUCUGGCUCUAGAGAAGAGUCUGGUCUGGCCGUCCAAAGACAUACAGUGUCUUCAUCUGCUCAAACACCUGCAUAACGGCGCCCGCAUCACUGUACAGAUGCCGCCCGACAUCCAGGGACACUGGGUGUCCACCAGCUGUGAGGUUCGUCCCGGUCCGGAGUUCAUCACGCGCUCGUACCGCUUCUUGCCCAACAACACGUUUCAGGCGCAUCAGUUCUACUACGCCGACAACCACUGCACCACGCCGAGCUACACGCUGCUGGUGCGGGGCCGCGUGCGUCUGCGUCAGGCGUCCUGGAUCGUGCGCGGCGGCACCGAGGCCGACUAUCAGAUCCACAGCACGCGGCUGGUGUGUCACUCGGCCUCCGUGGCCCGAGAUCUGGCUCAGCGGCUCAAGCGCAGCUGCGGGGAUGUGGGCUCCUGGCUGCCCAACGUCAGCUACGAGCUCUGGAGCGACGAGGGCGGCUGCGAUUGUUCACGAGCGCUGAACUUCGCCAUGCACGAGCUGCAGCUGCUGCGGGUGGAGAAACAAUAUCUGCACCACAACCUGGAGGAGCUGCUGGAGGAGCUGUACCUGGGCGACAUUCACACCGAACCCACGCAGAGGAUGUUCUACAGACCGUCCAGCUACCAGCCCGCGCUGCAGAACGCACAGAAUCACGAUCUCAGCUGCAUGGCCUGCCGUAUCAUCUCUCGAUCAGACGAGUUCCACCCGCCCGUCCUCCCGCCGCGGCCCGACCUGACGGUGACUCUGACCGGCCACUGGGCGUCCCGCCGCUGCGAGGUCCGGCCCGAGGUUCUGUUCCUGACGCGCCACUUCAUCUUCCACGACAACAACCACACGUGGGAGGGUCACUACUAUCACUACUCUGACCCGGCCUGCAAACACCCCACCUUCAGCCUGUUCGCCCGCGGACGCUACAGCCGCGGCCUGCGCUCCACGCGCGUCAUGGGCGGCACUGAGUUUGUGUUCAAAGUGAACCACAUGCGUGUGAUGCCGAUGGAUCUGGCGACCACGUCUCUGCUGAAUGUGUUUAAUGGAAACGGCUGCGGCGUUCAGGGCUCGUGGCAGGUGGGCGUGGAGCAGGACGUCACUCCGACCAACGGCUGCGUGGCGCUGGGGAUCCGCCUCCCGCACACCGAGUACGAGCUCUUCCGGAUGGAGCGGGACGCCGAAGGCCGAUACCUGCUGUUCAACGGCCAGCGGCCCAGCGACGGAUCCAGCCCCGACCGGCCCGAGCGACGGCCCACGUCCUACCAGACGCCAAUGGUCCAGUGCUCCGCCGGCGGCCCCAGGUCAGAGGUCGGCGUCGCGCAUCGGUCGCAGCGCCUCAGCGACGGUUGCCGGGCCGGUUGCCGUGGCGACCUGAUGGCAACAUUAAUGGCAGCUGCGGUUUGGAGUUUGGCGUUUUUGGGUUUCUUCGGCUGAGACACGCACAAACCGAUGUUUGUGACCCAGAAUGCACUUGAGAUUUCCGUCAGACGGGACGGGACGAUUGAGAACUGCUGCACAGGAAUCGCACUUUAUGAGAACAAAGCACUACGCUUUCACUCCCGACGGGACUUUACAUCCUAAAACACGCCUGUACAUGAGAUCUAAUGGAAAAAAUCACCCAGAAAUAAAGAUUCUGUCAUUAUUGAUUCAUUUGUUUAUAAAAACAUCCAUAAAAUGAUUGUAAUGCAUUCGUUAUGGGGGAAAAGUAAUAAAUAUAGACGUGUGCUGGUUUGUUUCCAUAAAUGUUUGACAGAAAAUGAACAGGUUUGAAAGGACAAAAUGAUGACAGAUCUUUCAUUUCUGUGUUUUUCUUGUAUGAGUGACACGUGGACGUUCAUAUAUGAGGUAUUUUUAUACGUGAGUGAGUUUGAGACGACGAUAUGAACAUUUUAAGGGCUACGUGGAAGGAAAGGGAAAUAUUAUAACUGUAGAUAAUCACUGCUGACUUACACUUCAACCUUUGCUAUCGAAAUUUCAAAAGUCCUGAAUCACAAUGUAAAAAAAUAAUAAAAAAUCAAGGUUGAAAAAAUAAAAAUCUCAGAUCCUUUCCAAGCCAAAGACCAAAGAUUUGUUUUUUCUCUCCCAAAAACAUUUCUCUUCAGAUACUUUUUUUCUAUCACCAAAAAAAUCUCUGAUCCAAAAACUUUUUCUUCUGUCGUCCAGAAAAAUCUUAACGAAACAUUUCUCAUCCAAAAAUUUUUUUAAUAAAAAAAAUAAUCUCAUCAAAAAACAUUUUUAUGUCAUGCAAAAAAUUCUCAUCAAAUUUCUUUUGUCAUUAAAAAACACAUUUUAUCAAAAAAAAAAAACUUUUUCUAAACAUUAUCUCAUCAAACAUUUAUCUCAUUCAAAAAAUAUAUUAAUGGAUUUUUCAAAAUCUCAUCAAAACAUUUUUUAUUUCAUCCAAAAACAUUUUUAUGUAAUCCAGAAAAUUCUCAUCAAAAAUCUUUUUUAAUCUCAUCCAAAAGAUUCUCUUCAGAAACAUUUCUCAUAAAAAAACUCAUCCAAAGGCAUUUUUUCUCAUUAAAAAAACAUUAUCUCAUUCAAAAAAAUACAUAUCAAAAGCAUUUUUAAAAUCUCAACAAAAAUAUUUUAUCCAAAAACAUUAAGCAAUCCAGAAAAUUCUCAUCAAUUUUUUUUCUCAUUAAUAAAACGUUUUUAAUCUCAUCCAAAAAAAUAAAAAAAUAAAUAAAUAAUAAUAAUAAUUUCAUCCAAAAACAUUUUUAUGUAAUCCAGAAAAUUCUCAUCAAAACCUUUUUUAAUCUCAUCCAAAAAUUAUCUUUAGAAACAUUUAUCUCAUAAAAAAUAAAAUAAAAUAAAAAACUAAUAAUAAUUAUAAUAAUAAUAUUAGUAAUAAAUUAUCUCACCCAAAAGCGUUUUUCUCAUUAAAAAACAUUAUCUCAUCAAACUUUAUCUCAUUUAAAAAAUAUAUCAGAAGCUUUUAAAAAAAAAAAAAAAAAAAAAAAAAAAAUUUCAUCCAAAAACUAUGUAAUCCAGAAAAUUUUCAUCAAAAAUCUUUUCGUAUUAAACACCUUUUUUUUAAUCUCAUCCAAAAAAAAAUUGUCUCACCCACAUUAAAAAACAUUAUCUCAUCAUUAUCUGUAAAUUAUCUUAUGCCUUUGGUUCAGGAAGGAUCCGAGACGCUGAUUUUUCCUCCUUGACAUUGUGGUUGAGGUCUUCUCAGAGUUUGUGACUGAUGCUGUUUAGGCCAGUAGACGUGGACCAUCACUGACCCUUCAGGAACUUACUGACGCUCAUCCCGUCUCAGUCGCAAAUGAUGAAGUGCUCAAAUACCAUCAACGAGGAGUUUGCAAAGCAUUUUAGCUCACAACCUUUCUACAGACAGUUGAAUUACACACUGAGACUGAAAUGAGAAUCACUUUUGGCUCGUUUCUGUGAAACUGAUGGAGAUUCAUCCAAACUCACAGCACUUCAUGAAUCGAUCAGGAUUUACUGAAGGGUCAGCUGAUGUUUAGUCGUUCUAACAUUGUUGAGGAUCAUUCUUUUUCAUGUUUUCGUUGUGUAUAAUGAUGAUGAACUGCAGUGUUUGUUUCAAUCCUGAGAGCAAAACAGGAACCAGAAAGAGAAUUUAACAGCAUAAAAGUCUCUAGUUUUAUUUUGAAACUAAAUGCACAAAACACUUGUUUGAGAGUGUAAAUAAUGUUUUUAUAUCUGCAAUGUUUUGUUUUACGGUGUCUGUUAAACUCAACUGUGUAUUAAGAUCCACUUUUAUCAAUCACACAGUCCAAAAACUGGAUUGUACAAAUGAAAUAAAGCAAAGUGUGUUUUAAUCAUUACAUUCUAAAAAAAAAAAAAAAAAAACAGGAUGAAAGUGACAAAUAAAAUUAUGAAACUUAAACAUGACUGUCUGUCUCUGAAUUUGUGCUAAAAAAAAAACUUUUUUUUAAAAAAAUUUAGAAUUUAGAAGUUUAACUUUUA